GUCCUUAAUAAUCUUCUUCUCUCUCAACAACCAAUCCUCAAAACACAAAAAAAACACCCCUUAAGACAAGAUUAGGGUUUUCUUUGCUUGUCAUAUAUUCUCAUUCAUUCAUGGAGUCCAUUGUUUGUGAACUUGAAGGGACAUUGUUGAAGGACCCUAAUGUCUUUUCAUACUUCAUGUUGAUUGCAUUCGAGGCAUCGGGCCUCAUCCGGUUCGGGCUCUUGUUAGCCAUAUGGCCCGUGAUUUGGUUUCUUGGUGCGAUUGGGAAAGAGGAUUGUGGGCUUAGGCUUACCAUGUUUGUGGCCACGGCCGGGGUUUCCUUCUCGGAGAUUGAGGCCGUGGCACGAGCCGUCUUGCCUAAGUUCUUCUUGGAUGAUCUUGAUAUGGAGACGUGGGGGGUUUUUAGCUCGUAUGAUAAGAGAGUUGUCGUGACUAAAAUGCCGAGGGUUUUGGUUGAAAGGUUUGUUAAAGAACAUUUGAUGGCGGAUGAAGUUGUUGGAAGUGAAUUGUCGAUCAAUCGGUUUGGAUUUGCCACUGGAUUAUUGAAACGGGGUUUUGAUUCGAGGAAGGAUUUGUUUGAAGAUGGACAACCUAGUUUAGGCCUUGGGAGGCCUAAUAUGAUGUUUUUGUCGUUGUGUAAGGAAGUAUGCCACCGCCCAAACUCCGGCAAAAUCAAGGGGCGGCGCCGCCACAUCGUCCGUCCACUUCCCGUGAUUUUCCACGACGGCCGUCUAGCAAAACGUCCGACGCCGGCGACGGCGCUGCUAAUCCUACUAUGGAUCCCCAUCGGCGUCGUUCUCGCCGCCGUCCGCAUCGCCGUCGGUUUAAUGCUUCCGAUGUGGGCCGUACGCCACGUGGCACGUAUUUUAGGAGGUAGAGUCGUGGUCAAGGGCAACCCUCCGCCGCCGGCGUCAGCUCCGGCGGCGACCUCCGGCGUCCUUUUCGUCUGCACCCACCGCACCCUAAUGGACCCCGUCGUCCUCUCCACCGUCCUCCACCGCCGCAUCCCCGCCGUGACCUACUCCGUCUCGCGGCUGUCGGAGAUCCUCUCGCCAAUCCCCACCGUCCGAUUGACCCGGAUCCGCGCCGUCGACGCCGAGAAGAUCCGCCGGGAGCUGGAGAAGGGCGACCUCGCCGUCUGCCCGGAGGGCACCACCUGCCGUGAACCGUUCCUACUCCGGUUCAGCGCUUUAUUCGCCGAGCUGACCGACCGGAUCGUGCCGGUCGCCAUGAAUUACCGGGUCGGUUUUUUUCACGCCACGACCGCCCGCGGCUGGAAGGCCAUGGACCCGAUUUUUUUCUUCAUGAACCCCCGGCCGGUCUACGAGGUCACCUUCCUCAACCAGUUGCCGGCCGACGCCACUUGCUCCGCCGGAAAAAGCCCCUACGACGUCGCUAAUUAUGUCCAGAGGAUUCUCGCGGCGGCGCUAGGGUUUGAGUGUACCAAUUUCACCAGGAAGGAUAAGUACCGUGUCUUGGCCGGAAACGACGGCAGCGUCUCGCCGCCGGCGACGAAUCCCCUCGCCGACGCUUUGAAGAAACUUGUCACUAGUUUCGUGCUCCAUUGAUCGAUUGUUAAUUAAUUAA